AUGUAAAAUGACAGCUGACGUCGAUCAUCCGCGACGUCCACGACGCGCCGACUGCUGGCCAGUGUGUUUGUUCUUCGCGUGUUCGGUUCAGAUCCAAAUCGAAUCCGUGGAAAAGGAGGAAAAUCUGGAAAAGUAUUUCCACAAUGAUCACAAAGUAUUCAAAAUUUGAGAAAUAAGACUUGUACUUUCAACAUCCAGAAAACGUAUUGUUCAUACAUAUCCGCAGAAUGGAGAUAUUUCGGAGUAACCCGACGCUUUCCCGACUUUUCGAGGAAAAUUGUACGGAGUACAGCGACGAAAUAAUAUGGGUGCUACAGGAAGCGGAACUGAAUAGAUUGACGCUGCGCUACAUCUCGCCUCAAAUCACAUUUCGAUCCAUCCUGGUGGAGCUGAUUCGGGAAGUUGGCCAACAGCAGAAUCUACGAAGGACAACCGUCCACUUGGCUAUUUACCUGAUGGAUAGCUUCAUGGAUAACCACAAUAUUGCCCAAAAUAGACUCAAACUGACUGCGCUAAGUUGCAUCUUGCUGGCAGCCAAAAUCGAGGAAAACGAACCCAAAGUCCCCACGCUGGAAAGGAUGAACAAACUGCUUAAGCCGAAGUGUCCUCUGUCGGAUUUUGUGGUGCUCGAAGUAGUGCUGUUGAAGUUCUUCAAUUGGCACCUGCUGAUCCCUACGACGGCCGUUUUCGUCGAAUACUGGCUGUUGCACAUAGUUUCGAAGGUCGAUUUCGGGCCAUCGGUGAACGAGGAUCAGUACUUCGAACGGCGGUCUCGAGCCGCCGAACUGGUGUUGGAGUUUUUGGAUGUGACCCUGUUGGACAUUACGAUGACCAAUGUGCGCCCUUCGUUGCUGGCCGCCGCCUGUAUGGCCGCGACCCGAGCCAUACUGUCGGUGAAAAGGACCUGGAACAACAGCAUGAUCAAACUCACAGGGUACACGUACGACGAAAUAUGCUUCCUGAUGCGAGCGCUGAUGAACGGUCGGGCAUGUCUCAUCUCGGAUACGAUUAGUCGCAAGCGAACGAUUCUCGACUCCGGAUACAUGACAGAUCCGGACCAAGAGUACGACGAUGAUGAUGAUCAGGACGACGUUAUGGCGGUGCCGGACGAUGUUUCCAGCGCAGAUGACGACGUGGUGUUCGUCUGUAAAAGCAAACGUGCCCGGUUGGAAUGAAGCAGGUAAGUUUGAUAAGUAUCGGUUAGGGUUUUUUUUUUUAUUAGAAUGAGCAUAAGUGAUGAUUUACUUUCUCGGUUUGUUUCGUUGUUACACAUACUAUGUAGAAUCAAAAUCUUGUUAUGCGCAAAUACAUAUCUAUUGUGUCUAUUGGUACGCACUAAAUUUGGA